AAGAAGAGAAGUAGUAUCUCUCACUCUUUCACACACACUCUUUUAAACUCUCUAACCAUCCACUUUCCAAAACCUCUUCAUUUCAUUCUUCUCAUUCAAUUCUCAUCAUCACCAGAAUUUCACUCUUGUCCACCACACGAAUGGCUUCAAGAUCAGCACGUUGGCGUCAGAGUUGGGCUCCACAACCAUUAACACCAUUAAUGGAAGGUCCUGAUCCUGAAAUGCAAGAAGAAGGAACCAAAAAAGAAAGCUCUUGGGAAGCUAUAAGAGAAUGGUUCAAAGCUCAAAAGAUUUCACCUAGUGCUAACAUUUCAUCACAAUCAUUUUAUGGAACCAUUCAUGCUAAGACACAAGAUUUAAAGUUAUUGCUUGGUGUCUUAGGUUGUCCCUUGGCUCCAAUUCCCUCAGAUCAUGAUCCAACUUUAAGUAUUCACAAUCACAUUAAAGAUACUCCAUUUGAAACUUCAACAGCUAAGUACAUCAUACAACAAUAUUUAGCUGCAACAGGGUGUUUGAAACAACAAAAGGAGAACAAAAACAUGUAUGCAACUGGAAUGGUGAAGAUGAUUUGUUGCGAAACAGAGAUAUCAUCUGGGAAAAAUGUUAAGUGUUUAGGGACAAGAAGCAGUGAAAAUGGUUGUUUUGUUCUUUGGCAGAUGUUGCCAGGAAUGUGGUCUCUUGAAUUGGUUGUUGGUGGACAUAAGAUCGUUGCUGGUAGUAAUGGUAAAACUGUUUGGAGACAUACACCUUGGUUAGGUACUCAUGCUGCUAAAGGCCCACAACGCCCAUUACGUCGCAUCAUUCAGGGUUUGGACCCAAAGAGUACAGCAAGCUUAUUCACCAAUGCACAAUGUUUGGGUGAAAAUCGAAUCGGGAACGUUGAUUGCUUUGUGUUAAAGGUUUGCGCGGAUCGUGAGACUGUGACCGAACGAAGCGAAGGACCCGCAGAGGUGAUAAGGCACAUACUAUAUGGCUACUUUUGCCAAAAGAGUGGACUCCUCAUAUACUUAGAAGACUCACAUCUCACGAGGGUCCCAACACAAGAUAGUGAUACGGUGUAUUGGGAGACCACGAUUGGGAGCAGCAUUGGCGAUUAUAGAGACGUCGACGGGAUCUUGAUUGCGCAUCAAGGUCGAUCAAUUGCAACUGUUUUUCGAUUCGGUGAGCUCUCAAUGCAGCAUAGUAGAACAAGAAUGGAAGAGGUAUGGACCAUUGAUGAUGUUAUGUUUAAUGUGCCUGGACUCUCCAUGGAUCACUUCAUUCCUCCAGCUGAUAUCCUUGACAAUAUAAAUUCUCCUUGAUAAUUUGACUUAUUAGGAACUUGCUUAACUACUUUUUUUAUUUACUUUUUAAGUCAAUGUGAAUUGUAACUUUACUUUGGAGGGGGUAUAAUGAAAGCAUUGGUGGGGGGUGUAAUUUCAUUUUUAUCUUUUCUUUUUAUUAUUGCAUUAUUGUAAGCUUUUAGUUGGUAGUAUGUACUUCAAGUCAUUAAGCUUAAAUGACAAAAUCAUGAGAGGGGAUGGAAUAAUUGAUCUACGGGUAAGAUAAUGGCACAUAUUUUAUGUACUUUAUUAUAUAUUUGGAUAAAAAGUAUGGGAUAUUGAUCAACAA